UUCACAUCAAUCAACAUUUACCCUCAGGUUGUGGUUAGACUAUUUUUAACAACAUCUUAAAAUAAUGAAACGAUAUCGCAUAACCAAGACACCGAGAAAUAAACAAGUAUACACAAAUGUACAACUGGUAUGGUACACUUGCCGAAAAAGCUGUCACUUGGACAGUACCCUUUAAAGGGUACCUUUAUGCACCCUUACGAUACAAAGGUCAACUGUUUGAAAGGGUACUGCCACAUUUACAGCUUUUGUAUGUUUUUCAUAGUGUAUAAACUAUGAAAAGUAUUUAUAUCUACAUUCAUUCUGUGUAUUCUAAUUAGAAAGAGGGCAACUUGCACAAUGUAUUCUGGGUGCAAUAUAACCCUUAUGUAUUUCUAAUGUCUAUGAGCACAGGAAAUUUCACAUGCUGGUUUGUUCACCACAACACCUACUCAAAAGACACACGUCAGAACAGGACGCAUCAACAUUGUAUUUUAGUAAUGUGUCAGUUGGAGAGGCUGCUGUUUUAUCAUUAACAGUGUAUUGAUAUUAGCAGCAUCUUGCAGUUUAAUCAUAUUUGCAUGCAUCUUAUAAAGCCAGGAAACAGAAUACAGUAAUACAACAUGGUCAUAACUAAAGCAUGGGCAGUCUAGUGAGCAGAUACAGGCGCCUAUUUUUUGCUAACAGCCAGGAACACCUAGUGUUGUCAGAUGGAGCUGCAGAAAAUCACAUGUACACGGCAGUGGCUUUGUGCAACAUAUCAAACAGGUCCGAUGAACAUACAAUAUCUAUAGGAGAGAAACUAAAUAUAAUAUCAGAAGAAGGUGACAUGUUGAGGGUUUGUUCUGCAUUAACAGGCACAGAGAGUUUCAUUGCUCGCAACUGUGUUUCCAAAGUGUACGAUCGAUGGUUGUUUGAAGGGAUCACCAGGAGAAAUGCCGAAGACCUUCUGCUGUUGCCCCAAAACCACACAGGAUCUUUUUUAAUUCGGGAUAGCCAGACAUGUCCUGGUAACUACUCACUGUCGAUUCGACAACACAGUGGUCAUACACACAAAAUAAAGCACUACAGAAUCCUACUGCUCCACAAUGGCUGGUUCUGUAUCCAUCCAAGCCGACCCUUCUCCACGCUUAACCAGUUGGUAAACUAUUAUUCACGUUCUGCUAAUGGUCUCUGUCAUCUGUCUGAACCUUGUGUAAUUCGUGAUUCGAACACAACUGCAGAGCAUGUGUCUUCACCUAGAGUAAUCCAGAGGCCUAAUUUUAACUGGAGAGAGGUCACGAGGUCAAUGAUUCAAAGGCAAACAAAGAGGACAAAUCCGGACACUUUGGUCAGUGAAGGACUACGAGAGACUAUGAAUGCAUAUAUUUAUUUAACAGAGGAAUCAUGUUGUGAGGACUGAAUGAUCUCAAACAAAGACCAGGCUUGUAAGACACAGAUGAAGAUAAGUAAUAGAUCUCAUGGGUCUUUAUUGUUUAUUCAUCCUCCAAGAGGACCACAGUGUUUUCGACAUCGAAAAUCUUAUUAGGGUCAAUGACAAAACUAACUCCAAAAUAUUUUUUAAAAAUGGAUGUAAUGCAUAUUUGUGAGUCAGAAACAAAUGUGUUUAAAAAUUUUGUUUAUUGAACAACAUUUCAGUACAUUUUAGAGACGUACUGAAAUGAUAUCCCCAUUAAAAAAAUGUCAGGUGGUACAACCGAUCAUUGCCUUUUUGCCAGAUUUGAAUGCACUCCCUGUGUUUGUUUAUUUGAUAGUGGCAUUCAAAAUAAUCCUGAAAAUAGUUUGAAAGUGUAAUACAACAUUUAAAACUAUACAUUUAAGAACAAUAAUAAAAAACAAUUAAAGACAACCUAAGGUUGCAUUUAUUAAAACUAAAAAUUAUUUAGCUGAAUGUUUUUUUUAUAGGGGCAUAGCAGUUACUAUUUGACUUUCUGGUUGCACCACCUGACCUCUGCAAUGAAUUUACAUUAAUCAAACUUUUUGGGUUCUGCAUAAGCUUUAACCUUUGAUAUCAAAUUCAUAAAUAUACUUUUUUUUAAAACAAUUAAAAUGUGUUUGAUAAAAAAAUUUUUUUUCUAGUUUUACAUUGGUUGGCCAUUACAUAAAGUGGCUAUUUUUAUUUUUUUUAUAUAUAUAUUACAAACUUUUUAUUUAUCCAUAAAGACCACCUGUGGUUCACUGGAUGAUGUGAUAUCAUGUUUACUGUUUAUACUUGUUAACUUUUUAAUAAAAAGUCUGUGAUUGUACUACUAUACCUUGACAUUUUUUUUUUAAAUUGAAAACUGUUGGAUAGUGCAGAGAAAGGGGCAUUAUUAUUAUCCCCUUCUGACAUCACAAGGGGAGCCAGAUUUCCUUGACCUAUUUUUUCACAUGCUUGCAGAGAAUGGUUUACCAAACUAAGUUACUGUUUUUUUUUUACACAUUUUAUAGGUUGAUAGAAGCACUGGGGACUCAGUUAUAGCACAAAACAUGGAAAAAGUCAGAUUUUCAUGAUAUUUACCCUUUAAACGGCUAAUUUUACAAAUUUGAGAUUCAUUUAUUACAUAUAAAAUACUGAAAAUGUAUUGAAUGUAUCAAGUUAUUUUUAUAGUAAAUAUUUCCCCCGAACACAAAAAUAUACAUGUCAUGUCACUGAAAAGUUUGACAUUCAGUAUGG